UUCUCAUCGUCUCCUCAAUCUAAAAAAAUCAGCUUUAUCCUUUAAAAGCAUUUCGUGUCUCUCUCUCUCUCCCCUCUGUGCUUCUCUUGAUUAGAUAGCCUCACUUGGUGUAAUGGAAAAAACGAGCGUACCUCUUCAACCUCCAACUUAUGGAAACCUUAUCACGAUUCUCAGCAUUGAUGGUGGAGGGAUAAGAGGGAUUGUUCCCGCUACCAUUCUAAGUUUCCUAGAGUCUGAACUUCAGAAGCUGGAUGGUAAAGAUGCAAGACUUGCGGAUUAUUUCGACGUGGUAGCAGGAACAAGCACAGGAGGUCUUCUAACUGCCAUGUUGACCAGCCCUAAUGAAAAGAAUCGACCCAUGUUCUCUGCCAAAGACAUCAAGGACUUCUACCUUCAAAAUGGUCCUAAAAUCUUCCCUCAGGACAGUUCUCCAUUUGCUCCUGCUACAAAGAUGAUGAAGACUCUCACAGGACCAAAGUAUGAUGGAAAAUACCUUCAUGACCUUGUAAGGGAAAAACUAGGGGACACGAGGUUGCACCAGACGUUAACCAAUGUUGUGAUCCCAACUUUUGACAUCAAGCGUCUCCGUCCAACCAUCAUUUCUACCUACCAGGUGAAGAACAAACCAUCCAUAGAUGCGUUGCUCUCUGAUAUAUGCAUCGCAACUUCAGCUGCACCGACUUAUCUCCCUGCCUAUUAUUUCAAAACUGAAGAUCACUCAGGAGCAGUGAGAGAGUUCAAUCUUAUAGAUGGUGGGGUGGCUGCAAAUAAUCCGACUUUAGUUGCUAUAAGUGAAGUGACGAAAGUGAUAAGCAAGGGUAGCCCAGACUUCUUUCCUAUAAAGCCGAUGGACUACGGUCGUUUUCUGGUGAUAUCUUUGGGAACCGGUUCGCAAAAAUCCGAAGAGAGGUACAAUGCACAUGAAGCAGCAAAGUGGGGGAUCAUCGGUUGGUUAACCAGCGGAGGGUCCACCCCUCUAGUUGACGUCUUCACCCAAGCAAGUGCAGAUAUGGUUGAUCUCCAUCUCUCUGUUGUCUUCCAAGCUCUUCAUUCGGCAAAGAGCUAUCUCCGCAUCCAGGAUGAUAUGUUGAGCGGACUAGUAUCUUCGGUGGACAUAGCCACAAAGAACAACAUGAAUGAUCUGCUCAAAGUAGGGGAAAGACUACUGAAGAAGCCGGUGUCUAGGGUUAAUCUUGACACCGGAAUCUUUGAGGCGCUGAAUCAAGAGACUAAUGAAGAAGCUCUCAAAAGGUUCGCGAAGCUACUUUCCGAAGAGAAGAGGCUGCGCCUUGCUCGGUCUCCCCAGUGACACGCUCACUUCCCUAGCCUUCCCACUUCAUCAACUGCAUGAUCUUGAUGUCUUGGGCUUUCUAAGUUCUACUAGCACCAAGCUAAUACAACAACAUAAACCAGUCAUAGUUAAGUAACAAUCGAUCAGACGCCAUUAUUCUUCAUUAUUCUUUGUGUACCUAGUACUAUCCAUGACACUUUGUGUUUGUGCAUCCAACCCCUUAUGUAUCUGUUCAAUUGGCAAUACGACAUUCACUCUUUCUG